AUGACUGUGACCUUCUUCAUCCACCUGAUUCAAGCCGCCCCGUCACAUUCGCAUUUAAAGAGUGAGCACUCAUGUGAUAGUCGCACCGUUAGUGACCGACCAAAGGUCACUCUGUCUUUCUUCCUACACAUUCCUUUCACCAUGGCUCUUCGACACAAUGUCUUGGUUUUCCUUUGCAUUUUACCUUUUGCUAACGCACUCUACAAGCAAUGGAUUCCAGACACCAAUUUUGAAAAUGCUACCAACUGGGAUAAAGGCUCUGUACCCUGCGGUAACGACCAAGUUGUGUUUUUAGCUCAGAGGAAAGUAUCAGUGUAUGUCGAAACGGCUCACACUAUCGCUGGAAUGAGCUUGCCGGUGGAUGGAGAGCUGAUUCUGGCAUCCGGCGCUGGGUUUACUGUAAGAGAGGGUGGAGAUCCUGGUUGUGGAUCUGGGGUCACGGCACACUUUAAAGACCCAGAAUCUCUGAAAUGGUUCGAUCCAUCGAUGUGGGUGGCUGCGACCACUAUCGACGAUCUGCACAGAGGUACAUAUCAGUUUUCAGUCCACGAGGAGAGUGUCCCGUGCCAGUAUGACGACGUGGUAUUUCGAGAGGGCACCUCAUUCCGUGUGGACCUUUCAUCUGAUCAUGACGUGCCCGUGAAGAGUGUGUCUGUGUUUGGGAAAAAGUUCACCAGCAGCUUUGAGUUUUCUCAGUACCUGACGUCCAAUUCUGGCAAGCUGCAGUUCCAUGGCUCCUCAACCCUUAAAGUUGGUAGUUCAGGCUGUGACGAUAACACGGGAUGCAUCUGUGAUAACUCCGGAAAUCGAGACAAGAUCUGCUCAAAUGUGAAAUGCGAUUCAUUGGAGUGCAAGAAACCCCUGCACCCGGUGGGACACUGCUGCGAUGUUUGUGGUGCCAUCGUGAACGUUGAGUUCUCUUCGAGCUUCAACUUUGAGUCGUAUCGCCAGCGGCUGCAGCACCUCUUUCUCAAUCAGCAUAAGUAUGAAUCGACACAGAUGGCCAUGUCGAAGGUGUCAAAAGAGCAGAGGCUGCUGCGAGUGAUUCCUUUCGGAGCCACUCAGGAGAUUCAAGUGGUGCUUCUGGAUCAGAAGACAGGUCAGGAUGCCGGGAAGCUGGCUGAAGCUCUCGCUCGAGACGUAGUGCGGGAUGUGCACAACCACGGCUUGAACUUCGGCAUCACCAGCGCAGAGUUUCAGGCGUCAUCAGGGGCGAGCAGCAGCGAGGCGGCUGGAAACAGUGCAGGGGUCGUGGUGGGCGCAGUGCUGGGCUCCCUGCUUGGAGUGGGUUUACUUGCAGUUGUUGUGUUGCUUUACCGUCGUGGCAUUGUUAAGAUACCCAGAAUACCUAGCAUCCCCUCGUUUACCAAAUGGAAGAACAGUAGUGACAUUGGGGAGCUUGGCGGCACCUUGGACCAGGGCUUUGACAACCCCAUGUUUGACAAACCGACUAUGAUGCCUGAGGAACCAGGGCUGUACGGGACAGAGAUGACAAACUCAAUAACCCUAACUCAGUCAGGAGUGCAUUUCGUAAAUCCUGUUUACGAUGAAACCGAUUUUAGUGCAUGAAAGGUUUAGUAUCAGCUGAUCUGAUGGGGGAUGUGAUGGCAAAAUAAUUCUUAAGGAUUUUAACACAGCAUAACAAUCAUUGAUGAUUUAAUCAGAAUCACACACUGAAACAUGUUUUAUCUGGGUGCUUUUGGUAAACACACACACACACACAAAUAUAU